AUGUCGAGAUGGAGAGAAGAACCUUGUGGUAGGAAAUUCACUUUUUCAGAAGAAGCUUCACAAGUUACCAAAGUAAAAGGAAGUGGAUGGGGCAACGCAAUUUGGUCUGAAGACUACUCAGAUGGUAUGCAUUAAAAUUGCGUUUGAGCCAAUCUAUUCUCUUAAAACCUGCAGAUAAACGACCCAAAAAGGAGUAGAACUGGGAGAGAUGGCGACAAGUGGCUGCGUUUAAAAAACAUACCUAGGGGUAUCAUAGGGAACUUCUUAAUAAUAUUAACUAAAAAUACUCUGAUGGUACAGUGAGUAUCAAAUUCAAGAUAGAAUCUGAUGGAAACUCUGAGCAUUGGUACAUUGGAGUUUAUAGGACUGAAAAGGAUGUCCAUGAUUAUGACCUAGAUGAAUACAUAGGGUGCGAGUGUCCUCAUGAUGUAUGGAGUUGGAAAAGAAGUGGAGAAAUUCACAAGAAAGGAUGGUCCAAAGAUGGGUUCGAAGGAUUUAAGAAGGGAGAUGAAAUCACAAUGUUUAUUGAUAUGAACUUAAGAGAACUGACUUUCUUUAAUGGAGCUUUUGAAGUUUUCAAGUUCACAGGGCUUGCUUCUUCAGUCACCCCAGUGGUCUGCUUUGGUGCUUUGAAUCAAGUCAUUACUGUGCUCAGUGUUGAAAGACUCGCUGGGUCAAAAACUCUUUCUGAAAGAAGUUUGGACAUUAUCGGAGACUCAGUCUAUUUUUGGUUCCCAGUUCAUAAAACUGGUAUAUCUUCUAUAGGCUUAUAGUUCGUUAGAAAUAGUUUAAAUAAUGGUCUUCAUUUAUAGCAAAUCUUCUUGAAAUGGUAUAAUAUUAAGCAUUUAUGGGAGAGCAAUCAGAAUGGAGCUUCACUCAACGCGGAUAAAACGACUGUCACAAAUUCAACAAGUGAUAAAACUUACCAUGAAACAGAAGCUGAAAUGAGACACGGAAAAUACUAUAUCGAAGUCUCUGUUGAAUCCAAAGGAUCUGUAGGUGUUGGAUUUACCAAGAAGAGCUUGAUCAAUGCGAAUACUAUUGAAGGAAAUGAACAAACUGUAAUUUAUUAUAGCAAUGGAAAAAUUGGUAACACUGACAGCGCCAGCUAUGACCAAAAUGACGUCAUUGGUAGCUAUAUCGAUUUUGAUAAAAAUGAAAUUGCCUUUUAUAAGAAUGAAAAAUUGCUAGACACUGUUCAAACUCCUCUUAAUAUCGAAGACUCAGAAGAUUGCUUCAAAUUUAUUGCUGUCUUAACAGAAGAAAACCAAAACUUAUCAAUCUGUAACACAGGAAAAUACCCUGCUGGUGUUGAUCUUAUGAUAAUCGACUCUGAGCAAGAAAAUAAUUUCUGGGGAUAUAAGUUCACCUUAACACCUAUUUUCAAGGGAAGAAACAUCAAACACAUUGAUUCCUAUUUGACCUUUGCAUCUGCUGGGGACAGAGAAAAUUGGAGAAAAAACUACAAGCCUACUUAUUCCAAGUUUUUCAAAGAUGGCAUAGCGCAGCAGUUUAUUGAAUUCAUGGAUAGAUACCUUGAUGCCAAUUCAAUUAGUUUCGAUAGUAUGCUGAGCAACACUGCAUUGAGUAUUUCUCCAGAAGAGUUAAUCUUUUAUCCAGACUUACAAACAUUAUCAGAGGCAGAGCUAUUUAACUUGAAAAAAAUUUUGUUUAACUUCUGCUCAAGAUUCCAAAAUUACUUCUAUCUGUUUGAUUUGCACACUGAAGCAGACGAGCCAGAAAACUCUCUAAUGAAGUUUAUUAAGAAGGCUAAGUAUUAUUUAUUAUCAAAAUUCAAGAAAAAAAAAUUGAAACCCAUCUUUAUUAGUCUAAAACUGACUGCAGAAUUGACAUUACUAUUGAUAAAGCUAAAUCACAAGAACUAA